GUCCAACUGGUGUAUCGCAAACACCUUCGCGCGACAACUUGUCUAAUUGGUAUGUCGAUGAGCUUAUUCAGUUCAGUCCGCCACACACAAGUCGCCGGUGAAGUAUGAAUCGGACGUUUAGAAAAAAAUGGCUUUUUGGAACACUGUUUGCGAUCGUGGCGGUUUUAGGGUUGGUGACUUUGUACGGCUCAAGCUGGGAAAUUUCCGACUUGCAGAAUAUAAUACGUUCGAGACAUUUGAAAAAUUUGAGCUUCAUGUCUAGCGACACCAAUUACUCAUCACCAUCGACCGCCAAAUCGACCGAAGUGAAAACGCCGAUAGAUUUUGUGUACGUGUCACAAACGCUGGAUCCAAGAUUACCAACUCCGCCAGGAGACAUGGGAGCUGCGGUUUCACUUGGGGUUACGAACAAGGCCGUUGCCGAUAUUGUUAAGAAUGGUUAUGACACUCAGGGCUUGAAUCAGUACAUGUCCGAUUUGAUAUCAGUACAAAGGCGAUUGCCGGAUAUACGCGAUAAAUGGUGUAGGCAGCCUGACCGAUUUCUAAAAAAUCUACCGGAAACUUCCAUCGUGAUUGUGUUCUACAAUGAAGCCUGGUCGGUGUUGGUACGAACGGUUCACUCGAUACUGGAUCGAUCACCACCCAACCUUAUAAAGGAGAUUAUACUGGUUGACGAUUUUUCCUAUUUACCUCACACGAAAACACAACUCGAUGACUACUUACGAUCGUUUCCAAAGGUGCGAAUCCUGCGAGCUACUCAACGACAAGGACUGAUACGAGCUCGACUGAUGGGAGCGAAGAACACAACCGCGGAGGUCAUUACAUUCCUGGAUGCCCACGUUGAGUGCACAGUUGGUUGGCUAGAAGCCUUACUGGACUCGGUAGCCCGAAACUGGCGAACGAUUGCCAUUCCCACGAUCGACUGGAUCGAUGAGCACGAUAUGCGCUUGCGCACCGAGAACGCUCCGUCCUAUUACGGAGCGUACGACUGGGAUUUGAACUUUGGAUGGUGGGGUCGAUGGAGUCGACUGCAUAAGCCCGACAACCCGAUGGAGCCGUUCGAUACACCGGCGAUGGCGGGAGGACUGUUUGCAAUAAAUCGAACUUUCUUCGAACUGCUCGGUUGGUAUGACGAAGGUUUUGACAUCUACGGAAUCGAGAACAUCGAACUGUCGAUGAAAAGCUGGAUCUGCGGGGGAAAGAUGGUAACCGUUCCUUGCUCGAGGGUAGCACACAUCCAGAAAACCGGACAUCCUUAUUUGUCUGAAACGAGCAAAGACGUGGUGCGAGCGAAUUCGUUGCGAUUGGCGGAGGUGUGGAUGGAUGAGUAUAAGCAGGUUAUUUUCGAUAUUUAUGGUAUUCCUCAAUAUCCGGAGAAAGAAUUGGGAGAUGUUUCUGGUAGAAAGGAGAUUAGGCGAAAGGCAAACUGCAAAACAUUUCGAUAUUAUAUUGAAAAUGCCUUUCCUGAGAUGAGGAAUCCACUCGUAGUAGGCGCUUUCCAUGGAGAGGUUAAAAAUAAAGCAUUGGGAAAUGACACGUGUUUGGAGUAUCGAGCGAAACGUAAUAUAGUGAUCAUGGCAGCCUGCGAUCAUCAACGAACUGACCAAUACUGGACUCAUAACUACUAUCAGGAAUUGAACAGUUACAAGCACUGUAUCGACUAUACCGGAGAUGCUCUAGGUAUUUAUGGUUGCCAUCGUUCGCGGCAGAACCAAGCCUGGCAGUACGUCAUGGAAACCGGACAGUUGAAAAGUGUCAAACAUGGCAAAUGUUUCGCGGUCAGUAUGAAGGAUAACAGUACGCUGCGGAUGGAAACCUGUGACGAGAAAAAGGAUUCGCAAAAGUGGAUUGUGACUCCCAUAGAACUGGACGUGUCAAUAUUCGCAAAAUCCUGAGCGCAGAGUAUCUGAUUUGUGUAUAGCGAGUGUUGUUAUUCGUUUUGUUUGGAACUGAGUAUAGUAUUUACUUAAUUUAUUUAAA